AUGACUGAGAAAUCAGAACUUAAUAGAAUUCAUGAGCAAUACCUGCUUGAAAAAUUGUUAAAGAAUCACGAAAGCAUUCAAUGCAUUCAAAACAUAAUGAAGAGACCAAAUAAGGAUCCAAGCUUUAGCUAUGAUGAAUUAAACAAGCAUGGAAAUAAAAAUUAUCUAAUUUUGUAUUAUAAGAAGAAACAAAUUGAACCAGUUUCAUAUAUGUCAGAAGCAGAACUUUAUAGAGAUUACCAAGUCUCCAUGAGUAAAAGAAUUGCGAUGGAAAUUCCAAAUCUAACAAAUUCAAUCAUAUUAAAAGAAAGCAUUUUCAAUAAAGUUAAGCUUAUGCACGAUAAAAAUCUCCUUUACUGCCUUAAAGAGACUCUAUCUAACAAUGCAAAGGCUAUAUUAUCAGAAAUUAUUCUAUUUUCAAGAGAUUCUACUGAAUUUGAUAUUUCAGCUAGCAAUGCAAUCACAAUUUUGAAUUAUACAAGCCAUUUUAUUAAAAUGAAGGAUUUUCAUGGAAUAAGAAUCCCAGAAGCUGAUUUAUCUCAAUGCAGCUUAGCCAAUGUAAAUUUUGAAAAUAGUUUCUUGAAAGGUGCAAAUUUAUCUAAUACUUUCUUUUACUGUUCAAAUUUACAAAAUUGCAAUCUAGAGGAUACUUAUUUUGAGCAAAAAAGGCCAAUGCUUUUGAAAAAUUCUCUUUAUAAGUCUGAAAUCACUAUUUCUAGUUCUGGGAAAUAUAUUGCUUAUAUUGAAAGCUCAAAAAGCAGAAGAAAGCUUGGCAUUGCCAUAAUUAAACUAUUAAAUAAAAAGGUUAAACUGGCCAUAAGUGGGCAAGCCUACUAGCCUUGCCUCAUCUCGGCUCCAAAAUAGCCUCCUGAGACAAAAAGAGGGAAAGAAAUGCUACCAUCUGAAUUUCGAUCUGAACCGCCUGCCCCAAGGAUGAGCUCCCUAGGGUAGAGCCACCAUCUAUAGAGUGCCCAAUGGUCCUCACAAGGGAAGACCAUGUGUUAGGCAAAACCAUUCUAGCUCACGUGGCAAGUACAGGAAAAUCUUCAGGGGAGAAACAAACUUCGCUCUUCGGGGAGGUUAAAAUCCAACCAUUUUAUUUCUAUUCAUGUCAUAAGGAAUAUAAUAACUCAAGAGAUAAUCACAGAAAUUAACAUAGAUAGUGCUUAUAAGCAUGCAUUUGAAUUUUCAGCAGAUGAAAAGUACCUUGCUAUAGGAUCUGAUAUCGAUUUAAAGCUAAUAGACUUAAAUAACGGACAAAUAUCAAUGUCUACUAUGAAGGACUCUGAGAAGCUUGAUUUUUUAAAAUUCUCAUUUAACAGCAAUCAUAUAGCCUUAGCCUCCUCAAAAAUUAUUUAUUUAUGAUCUGUAAAUUCAAAGUUAAUAUUAGUAAACAUCAUUAGAGAAGCAUCGCUGAUUAAAAAUCUUCUAUAUUCAAAAUUGUCAAAUUUUAUGAUACUAAUAGCAGAGGCAAGCAUUAAGUUUUACGAUUUAUUUGGAUAUAGAUGUAUGAGAGCAAUAUCUGGAAAUUUUGAGAAUAUUACUUCAAUUAAUCUUUCUCCUUGCGAAAAGUACUUUAUUCUUUUUGUUAAAGCGGAAUUGAAGAUUAUAAAUAUCGAAAACUUUGAAAUAAAAUUUAACAAAAAGUUUGAUGCACCAUUAUUUGUCAGUAUUUCUCCUUAUGGGCAGUUUCUCUCGCUUACUUCACUCUCGUGAGCUAACAAAAAUUGUUUGCUCUUGACAAUGGCAUUAAUUUUUUUUGGUGUUUUUUGGAAAUUAAAAAAUACCAAAUUACAAAAAAUUAAAAAUAAAAAUUAAGUAGUUUUUUAGAAUUUUGUUUUAAAAUGCAAGCUGUUUAAAGUUAACUAUGCUAAUUAUCACUUAUAUAUCAGAAUAUUUUUAAAAUAAUCUUUGCUCAUUCUAAAAAUAGAGUUUUUAAAUGGUUUUGCUCUCUUACGGAGAAGGGGAGUUAGCAACUGUAGCAAAUCUAAAAUUUUCAACCUUGAGUCACAAAUAUUUUUAAAUGAAUUUAAAUGCCAUGAAAAGAAAGCAAAAAGAGUUAUAUUUUCGCCCAGAGGCGGGUUUUAUUUAAUGGCGAAUGAUGAUUAUUGCUUAAAAUUCUUUAAUUAUGAUGAUAAUAUUGAAUCCCAUAAAUUUUAUGAAAAGAAAAUUUAUAGUAUUUCUUUUUCAAGUCAUCAAAAAAAGCAUUAUCUUGCUAUCUCAAGAUCAGAUUCCUGUAUAAUAUGAGACUUAGAUAGUUACAGCCCAGUCUCUAACACUCCAGAUUUUUACUUUUCUUCACAAGUUCUAUUCAUGCUCAGUGGGAAAUUCUUGAAACUCUGGAAUCCAACUACUCAAAAUAAAACAAAUUAUCGAUUUAAUGAUGAAAUAAAUAAGAUUGGAAUUUCUCCCAGUGGAAAAUAUGCAGCGAUUGCAUAUGGAGGGCAAACUGUUGAAAUCAAAGAUCUUGAAUUAGAUAUGACUUUAAUUACAUGAAACUCAAGGUUCGAUGAUAUUUGUAUUUCAUCUUCUCCAUGUGGGCAAUAUUUCGCUAUUGCAGUUUAUAAUAAAAAUGCAAAUGGUUUUCAUCCUUUACCAAAAAAAAUUGUGAUAUGGGAAAUCAGAACUAAGAAGAAAGAGUUUGAGCUUCCCAUCAAAGAUUUUGACAUUAGAGCACUGGCUUGUUCUCCUUAUGGUCAGUACCUUACCUUUGGAUAUGAAGGAAAGCUGAACUUUUGAGAUAUCAAAAAGGGUAAAGAAUUAUUUUGCCUCUUUGGGCAUAAAGCAAAAAUUUCUUCAGCAGCAUUUUCAUUUUCAGGAGCUUUUCUUGCCUCUGGUAGCGAAGAUAGAAGCAUAAUUUUAUGGGCGAUUGAAGAAAAUAGCCAAGUUACAAAAAUUGCACAAGUAUUGGCACAUUCUUCUUCGAUUUUAUCAAUUACCUUUAGUUUAUGCAAUAAAUAUUUUAUUUCAUUGGGACUUUAUGGCGAAAUAUUUGUAUGAAAAAUAAAAAGAAAUUUAAGUGGAAAAGAUAUAACUUUAAACUGGUCGAACAAAAAUUUUCAAGGAGCAAGUGUUUUCAGUACAAACUUCAAUAAUUGUAAGCUGAGUCCAGAGAAUAAAAAUUUUAUAGACUUUGCAAAUAAAUGAAAUAGUCAACUUGAAAUCGAUGGAUCAUAUAUAUAA